UAUAUAUAUAUAUAUAUAUUAUGUAGCUAUCUACGUAAUAUAAUUUCCCGUUUCUCGAAAAGAGCAAUGAUUCUUUAAGAAUACUCGAAAUCGGUGAACCGAGAAUAUCGUAAAAUUUUGAAGCAAUCGUGUCGUUUGGUUUAAGAGCGCUUUUUCUCUCUCGUAAAGGGAACGAACGUUGUCCAUUGUACGCGCGAUGCGCGGAAAGAGCAGUGUAUUCCUCGAAAUGUAUCGCUUGGAGGAACGACAGGAAACGCUACAAUUGCGUAAGAAGCUCGAAGAGGUAAAUGCAAAGUUCGUUCAACUACAGCAAGCUUUCGUGAUGAAACUACGAUCGCAGAAGCAUCGAGAAACACGAUUCGACCGUCUGACUCUCGAAAACCAAGAGAUUCAAAGAUUCGCCGAGGAAUGCUUGCGAGACGUCACGGAAAUGAGAAUAAGGUUGAAAGAGACGGAGAACGAGAGGGAUCUUUGGAAAAACACGGCAAUGCGUGGACGGAAAAAAGCAGAGCGGAUGAGAAGCGAGGCCAAAGUCGUGGAGGAAUCUCUUGAAAAGAAGCGGGAAAGCGUUUCGAGAAGCAUACGAAACGAACAGAGAGAAAAACAGCUCGAGGAAUUAUCCGGUUUUUACAACGAAGCUAAAGAAAAGAUACGUCGUCUUGAAGAGGAAACGAAGGAAAACGCGACGCGAAAGGAAUCCUUUGAAGCGAGAGCGCGCGAAUUAGCGAAUCUGUUGGAAACUUUGGAGCACUUCGAUCUCGACGUUAAAACCUUGUGUCGUCUUACCGCGGAGGCCGUGGAAAAUUUGACCAAAGUCGGACUACACUUUGCGGAAACUAUAAAGAAAUUGAGACAGUUUACUUGGAAAGCCGAUGACAAAGAGUGCGAUAGCGAAACGAACAAACUAAGGUCUCAAAAUUUGGUACUGCGAGAAAUUGUGAAGAGUCUUAAGCGAAGGGCGCAAUUUCGAUCGGAGAAUCAAGCUUCGAGAGAGAAAGAUUUAAAGGAAAGUAUCAAUGAGAGAGAAAACAAAAUCGAAGAGUCGCAUAAUUAUAGGGAUUUAAAAGCCAACGAUAACAACGCUAACGUAAAAAAGAAUCGAGAUCAAACGUGGAUGCAGCACGAAACGAACUCGAAAGGAAACGACGACGUAGAAAAUGUUGUAAAUGACACAUCCUUCAAAAAUGAUUUUGGAGAGGAUCAAACGUUUAUAAACGACAGGACAGAAUCUAAAGAAAAAUGCUUUUCAACGGGAUAUAAUCGCGAUAGUAAGCAAAUCGUGUCCAACGACGUUGAUGAAAAAUUGCUCUGCAUCGAAUCGCAUAAAAACGGGAUUUUUUAUGACGAAUAUGUGAUCGGAUUCUCAAACAAUCGACAAAUGAAAAUCAAACAUUCGCCCGAGGCCAGUACAAAGGCGGCGCACUUAAAAUUGGAAAUUGUGGAUUGCGAAGAAAAAUAUCAGGAAAGUCCCCCGGAUAAAGUAGUAAUAUUCUUGAAAAAUCUUUGGACGUCCAUUAAAAUCAACCGUACCGGCAUUAACUGUGCCACUCAGACGGUGUUAACUCGAAAACGUGAUAAUUAUACGCAAACUUCGAUCACUGAAAUACGCAAUUUUCUACGAUUAAAUGUUGGCUAUACGAUGUUAAAUAGCGAAAAACGUGCCAUUGAAAGGAAUUUAUCUAGUUUGGAACAGACCGUAGCUCGUUUAAAGUCUAACACGUUACAUCAUGCACGAUCUAUGAUUGGGAAAAAUUACAAAUGUUUGAGGAACGAUGAAUUUUUUGAGUGCAUCGAACGUUUGGCUGGAGGCUAAAUAAAAUAUCGUACAUAUUGUUCAAAAGUUUGUUACAAUAAGAACAUAAAUAGGUGAUUGGGCAAUUAACGAAACUCUCACAUUGUAGAAGGUUACUAAUCUUUUUUGUUUUGUCAUUAAAAACGCUAUCCGAUUAAUCUUAUACAAUUACUAUACACGCAUAGAUGUACAUAUUAUGAACAUAUACACAUCAUGCAUACAUAUACGUAUGUAUGCAUGCAUGCACGUGUGUACGUGUGUGUACAUACGUAAAAUUACGCAGAAAUAGUUCUGCAAGUUACGUCUACUAUUUUAAUCGCAUAUAGCAUUUCUUUUCUUUUAUAUUAAUAAUAAUCAUUCUAGAAUACGUUUAGAAAAUUUUUUUCCUAUUUUUGUUUUAACAUAAAUAUUUUCUUUUCCGUGAGUGCCGAGAAGAGCAAAAUCCUUAAUAAUGUAAAAUGCAACUAGUGUAAAAAUCCAUGUGUCUGUAUAUAUAUUAUAUAUAUCUGUGUACGCGCGCGCGCGUGUGUGUGUUGUGUGGUGUGUAAAUUCUUAGAAGUAUACGUUGAAGA